UCUCACUGAAACACUCAUAAAUGAAGAGGGCUUCACCAGGAUUUGCAAUGUGCAAUGCACAGGUCCCUCUGCUUUGAGUACAAGAGAGACAGCUGUGAAGAAAGAGGAGUUCUGUAAUUGCAUCAUGGCCAGAGAGAGGCAUCAAUAAGCAGAAACAAUGUCAUCCCUACUACUUCUGUACAUCCGGCUUCAUACGCGCUUGAAACACUGAUGAUGGUGAAGGCUGCGGGCAGUGGCAGGAUGAAGCAGACACCAGGACUUUGCUCACCCACCAAACCGGAUGUGCCUGUGCUGAUAUCCUGGGGCAGGGCAUCCUAAAGAGCUCUGCAAGGGGAAGAGACCACAGCAAAGUCCAGGAGGUGACAGCAAGGAGCUUGGUUCGUGCUGUUCAUAGGCAGAAGGGCUUCUGCAUGCAAGAGAGAAUCACACGGUGGGAAUGAAGAGACGAAAGUGGCCCUACACAUACCCCUCACAAAGGAACAUCCUGAUCCUUUGUGUUACUGGGUGGUUGAUUGCACUGCUGAAGAUCCUCCAUGUUGAAAGACACUUUUUUCCUUCUAAGGGCAUUUACUUGGUUGAGCACUUCUUAAGCACUUCUUCUUAUGUUAGAAACAGGUAUUCAUAUCCUAGAAAUGUGUUCCACUAUGAAAUUAAUUGUUCAUCUAUAUAUGAACAAGAUCCUCAUGAAAUUGGCAAGAGUUUAGAGAUAAGAAGAAAAGAAAUAGUUGACUUAGCUGAUGAAGAUGUUGUAGCAAUGACAAGUGAUUGCCAUGUGUAUCGUUCUCUUAGGAAAUACCACCUAAAACCUGUUUCUCCAGAGGAGGAGAGUUUUCCAAUUGCCUAUUCUUUAGUUGUUCACAAAGAUGCAGUAAUGGUAGAAAGGCUCAUACAUUCAUUGUACAGUCAUCAAAAUAUUUACUGCAUCCAUUAUGAUGAAAAAGCAGCAAGAAGUUUCAAAUCUGCUUUGAAAAAUCUGGCUAAAUGUUUCCCAAAUAUUUUCAUUGCAUCAAAGCUGGAGACAGUGGACUAUGCACAUAUUUCACGUCUGCAAGCGGAUUUCAAUUGUUUGUCUGAUUUGAUGGGCUCUCCAGUCCCUUGGAAGUAUGUUAUCAAUUUGUGUGGUCAAGAUUUCCCUUUGAGGUCAAAUUUCGAGUUGGUUGCUGAACUGAAGAAACUUGGUGGAGGAAACAUGCUGGAAACUACAAAGCCAAGCAGUAGCAAAAGAGAACGAUUUACUUAUCACUAUGAACUUAUGAAAGUGCCUUAUGAAUACAUGCAGAUGCCUGUAAAAACCAACAUUUCCAAGAAUCCGCCACCUCAUAAUAUUGAAGUAUUUGUAGGCAGUGCCUAUUUUGUUUUAAGCCGAGAAUUUAUUCAAUAUACACUUGAAAGCUCACUUGCAAAAGAUUUUUUUGAGUGGUCAAGGGACACAUAUUCUCCAGAUGAACAUUUCUGGGCCACUCUUGUACGUGUUCCUGGGGUCCCUGGGGAAGUUCCAAGGUCAUCUCAGGACAUAACAGACUUACAAAGCAAAACUCGUCUGGUGAAAUGGAAUUAUCUUGAAGAUUAUUUGUAUCCUCCGUGCACUGGUACCCACCUUCGCAGUGUUUGCAUCUACGGGGCUGGAGAAUUAAGAUGGCUUCUGAAUUAUGGGCACUGGUUCGCCAACAAGAUUGACUCCAAAGUAGACCCUGUUCUGGUAAAAUGCUUGGCUGAAAAAGUGGCAGAACAACAGAAGGAGUGGGUACGUUUGUCCUCUGACAAACGCUUUCUGCACUUAAGUUCUACGAAUGCCUUGCUAUAGCAGCACUGUGCUCUCUCCUGUCCUUGCCGUGUCCUGCUGUAGCACAGCACCUACAGUUCCUCUGCCUUGUCUGCUGCAGGAUGUCAGUGAGCAAAACAUCCAUUCUGUAUAAAGUUCGAGCCCCUGGAGAGCCAGGUGCCUGGCUGUUUAUUUAUGAAAAGUUAUGCCUCUCUGAUUAAUUGUUUUGUAACUUGCCACAAUAAACCUGUAAUAGUUCUUCAGGGUGAUUCUGAGAGGUGAAAUUUUCUUUUGGGGGCUGUGGCAUUGUUUGUCCCAAAGGAGUAUUUCAGAAAUGUGUUUUACUUCAAGUGUGUUUGUGUCUUUCAUAAGAAACUCCAACACGUCUGUCUGCCUGUCCCCUUUUCCUUCACUUUUCUUAAAGGAAUGAAACAAAGACCUCUGUGUCUGCUACCUCAGGAAAACUGCAAGUGCCCAUCUCACAGACAAAACCAAGAGAUCAGCAUGACACCAAAUGAGCCAUGUGACCUCACCUGAAGUUUCAAACUUCUCAUCUGUGGGAGCUGCACAGAUCUUUGCAAUGUGAAUAUGACUGGAUGUCAUAUAAGGGAAAGAAGAUCCCUGUGUACUGCAUUGUCUGUAGCAUUGUUCUCUUCUCCCAACUCACCUGUGCGUUGCUUUUCCUUUUGUGAAGCAUGUGCUCAGCAUUGCUGUGCAAUGCUAUGGAAUCUGUGAUAGUUGGUUGAAACAGAAUUGUGCAAUGCUAUUCUUCAAAGUUACAAGUGUGUUCUAAGGGCAGUCUCUGCAGCCCCCUAGGGUAGAAUCCAUGCCAAAAGAGAUAAAUCUUCAUUUCUAUCUCUGCCCAUAGAAAUAUCCUUCUGUGAAAUCCCAAUCUAUACAUAGUGGAUAACAAGUGCUAUUUCUAGUUAGUGUUGAGCAGUGUGGUGCUAUGUUGAAGUGCAGAAUGUGUGAAGUUGAGCAGUAACCAUAAGAAUAGCCAUAUUGCAGAAAUUAUGACCCUGUGUAGAGUGUCUUUCUGUGCAAGUCCGUGGCUUUGUGCCACCACGAUCCCAGGCUGACAGGAGCCUGAAUGAGGCCUAGUUUAGCUGUAGAGCAAGUAUUUUCCAACAGCCCCUGCUUACCGUGGCCCUCCCAGAUCUUCAGAUAGUGAAGUGUCUCUGGAGCCUCCUUGCAGAUGAGGCUACAGCAUGCUACAGCAUGCAGGAAGUGUUUGCUAGUGUAGGGGUCUCUGCAGAACCCCUUGCAACUUAGAAAUGCCACUUGGCAUUUUGGGGACUUCCCUGGAAUACUGCUCUGCCAGAAGUUCAGUUUUGGUGGUUCCAGUGGACCCUGGGGUCUAGCUUUCUCCAUGCCACUGUCUUCUUUCUAGCCAUCUGUCUUCUAUUAUGAGGCCUCUUCCCACAAGUAACUUCGGGACAUCUGGCCUUACUGUUCUACAAGUUGCUGCAGUAAUGACCAUGUCUCAUAUCCACGCUCCUUAUUUGAUCUGAAAGAAACAAGUCACUUUUUGCUCUCACUUUCUGUUUAUAAAUUUAGUCACUGUCAAGUCAUCUGUGGCUUAAGACUGGUUUGAGAGUCAGGAGUCUCAGGCCUUUUCCCACAUUUGUGACACUGAUUUUCAAUAAGACCUCAGACAAACCACAUGAGUUUUCUGUUUCAGCUGUUCCAGCUGUAAAAUGGGAACCACAACCUUCUAUUAUUUUACUAAGCACUUUGGAACCUAUGUGUCUUGUGAGUUGGUUGCACAAUACAAAUUGUAUAUCAAACUAUUUAUGGAAUCUGUGGGUGCACAGGUCACAUAUUUCUUUAAUAUAUUGUUUCUGAAAUAAAUGGGGAUUACUGUUAAAGUCUGUGUUUCUUACUUAAGUGACUUGCCAUGUCUACCUAGGGCUGUCUUGACUUGAUGUAAUUUAUAGACACUUUGUAGAAAAUUAAAUAUUGAUGAUAUUUGCAAAUUCAUACAUUAGUACUUGUAUAUAAAUACAGUCCCCAUGUGGUAAAAAGGUUAAUAAAAGAGAGUGUUAGGAUCCCAGAGGGCCAAGCUACAGCCUUCUGUGCACAUAAACCCAUGGUUAAUGAUAUAUUUAAAAUUUUGUAUUUAGUUAAACUGGCUUUAUGUAUGUAUGUACACACACACCCAUUCGUGUUUAAUUGGAGUUGUUUGAUCUGCAAUAAAUUUAUAAAUAUAAUUCAC